AUGUGGAUUGAAGUGGGAAUCUCUUGCAUUGAGUCUGGACACUCUACAUCAGCGGAAGUCGAGCGAAAAGCCUUACAACGAACUGUCCGGUCUCAAAAGGCGCAACUUUCCGCCCUACAGACCGCCCAAGCUCAGCUGGAAAUCAAGGAUCAGAUAAUUAAGUCGCAGGCCGAAUUAAUUGAGAGAAUCACUACUGCCUCGCAGAUAUUACCAGCUCCUGUUAGCUCUCUGACCCCCAAUUCCAUCGCCCAGCCCGAGAACAUAUCUGCAGCCCAUUGCGCCACCCAGCAGACUGCAAUAGAUGCACGCGGUAUCCAACAGAUGGAGGCCUACAUCGCUGAGCUGGAACAUAAGUUGAAAGACAUUAUUAAGUCGGAUUCUGGAGUCGGCAGCGCAUUUGAGAAGAAGAUUUCGUUCGUAGAGGUGGUACAAGCUCGUGGUUCCCGCCUAAUACCACCUGUAACUGCUCCACGCAUUACGCAGACCCCCUCUCCGACGCUAGCAUUCUUCACUACGGCCAGAUUAUUCAGGUCGUCAAGUCAUUUGGUACCGAUCGCUGGACUCACUACGAGCAAUCAUUCAGCUAGCCACGGCGACGAAACACGCAAGAACAAGGAGAAGGACAAGGAAAGGGAAGCAAGACCUUGA